AUGAGUGCCAUCCAGGCGAAACAGACGAACCCACCUCAAGAGAAUGAGCAGAAAGACAAUGCAGCGGAUACUGCUCAGAAGCCCAGGAAGCGUCACCAGUGCAUUUUACAAGACUGCAACAAGAGCUUCAACACAGAGUCGCAUCUUGAGAUCCACAUCCGCGCUCAUACGGGUGAUAAGCCAUUCCCUUGCAAAGCACCAGGAUGUGGCCAAUCAUUCUCGCAGCUGGGUAACCUCAAGACGCACGAGAGGCGUCACACAGGAGAGCGACCCUACAGCUGCGACAUUUGCGGCAAGACAUUCUCUCAACGUGGCAACGUUCGAGCCCAUAAGAUCGUUCACCAACAGAUUAAGCCCUUCAGUUGUAAGCUGGGCGAUUGUGACAAGCAGUUCACUCUGCUAGGCAACCUCAAGUCGCACCAAAACAAGUUCCAUGCCGCUACGCUCAGGCAUCUUACCACGAAGUUUGCGGCCAUCAACCCUGGCGAUUAUGUCUCGCAAGAGGACAAGGAGCUUUGGGAGUACUUUGCCUCACUGUACAAGAACUCCAACAAGGGUAUCAAAGGCCGAGGCAAGGACAAACCCAUCUCGGCUACAUCAUAG